GUUUUUGGUUUGAAUUGCGUCGCUCACAAAAUUCAAAUCGUGGUGAAGAUGAGUUUGGUGAGAUAAAUUCAAAAUGAGGAGAAACAUUAGCAAGGCAUUGUAAAAUAGAGUGUGUGCAUGUAUUGGUGAUUAGAAACGUCAAACGCACACAUUGUGUUAACAUUGUUGAUAAAUCAAAAAACACGUGAAUUUUAAACGAACUACAAAACUGAGAAAGUGAGAUCUGGAUUUGUUAAAUAUUUACUUUAAAAAACUGUAAAAUUUUGUUAGAAAAUCAAGAGAAUAAAGAUCGUAAUAAUGUCUGAAAAAGUGGAAAAUUCUACAGAUACAAAGAGUGAUGAGAUCGCCAUGGAAUCGACCGUUGAAACAUCAACAGAAACAAAAACAAUAGAUGAUGUUGAUAAUGGCAGUGAAAACAAGCAACAGAUUCAGAACAAAGAACAAGAAUGCACAAAUCUGGAACCAAAUAAAAUACAAUCCGUGCAAAUCGAGUCAUUGAAAGCCAUUGAAAUGGAAUCUUUUUCGGGGGCAACAAAGCCUGAAACUGAACAAAAUGAAAUGAUCGAAGAGAAACCAGUCGAAUCCAUUCCAAGUAAUCAUCCAAAAGACGUGGAAACACUUCAGGAGAAUGAGGGCACAAUGGAAACACAGGAUGAUAACACAGUUCCACCGUUGGCAAAUAAAUCAAAGCAAGACACAGCCACAAUUGGAUCAUUGGGUCUGUUGAAUCAGUAUGCAUCAUCGUCAGAUGAAGAUGAAGACAGUUCGGGCAGCGAUGAUGACAGUGAAAGUGAAGACAAUGAAGACACAGAUAGUUCCAGCAAUAGUCAAGUUAUUGAAACGCCAGCGGCUGAAGAAAAAGAAUUGAACACAAUUGUAAAUAGCAUUUUAAACAAUGUAAUGUCACGAGAAAAUUAUCGUGAAGCUGACACCGACACAUCCGAAAGUGAUUUAGAUGAUUCAGAUGUUGAGUGCAUUGGCAGUGUUGCAACGCAAACGAUCGAUAUUACAAAUGACGAAGAUAUUCAAGAGUUUCUUGAUGCAUGUGAGGCAAAUACUUCGGGUCCUGUGAAAACAAAAGGUGAAUUAGGAAUGGAUGAUUUGCCGCCAAUUGCUGAAUUAACCAUAACCGUUCCGGAAUCGGAUUGCGUUGAAUUAGGAAGUAUUUCAGGCAUUGUUGAUACUUUAGUGCUAGUCGAAUCGUUGGCCGGCUUUGCUGCGGUGGACAUUGAUACCGUGCUGUUUCUUGACAAAGGAAAUCGAACAUUGGGUCAGGUAUUUGAUGUAAUGGGCAACGUUGCAUCACCAAUUUACUGUGUUCGUUUUAACACCACCCAAGAUAUUCAGGCGAAGAAUAUAACCGCCGGAUUAAAAGUCUACGUUGCACCACAAACUGAAUACACAAAUUUCAUUGUGUUGUCCAAUUUGAUGAAAGAAAAGGGUUGUGAUGCCAGUUGGGAGUAUGACAAUGAAGCGCCCGAUGGUUGUAAUGAAUUUUCGGACGAUGAAGAAGAGCGUCUAAAUCGGCGACAACAAAAUCAACGACAACGUAAUAAAAAUCGAACAUCCGAAUCGAAUGAACAUCCGCCAAUGAAGGUGACCGUUAAAACCGAACCAAAUUCGAAUUAUAAAGGACGACGACCAAAAUAUAAUCAUCGACAACCGCAAAAUGGUGGUGAUCAACAGCAACCGACACGAUUUUAUAAAGAUAAUCGUGGCUAUGCAAUUACAAAUACUGAUUCAAGUAAUUUUUACCAUCAACGAAUGCCACCAUCAAUGCAACAUCAAAAUUACAGUUGGCACACAGCUCAAAUGCACCAAAUGCAUCCAUCAAUGGCAUCAACAAGCAAUCCAUCGAUGAUGCAAUUUCCACCACCGUAUACACCACAACAUGGUUCGGCAAAUGUUUAUCCAAAUCCAUUUGCUAUGCAAGCCAAUCCAAUGAAUUAUGUUAGCCCAUUUAAUUUAAGCGCUUUUCCUCCGUUACCACCGAUUAACACAAUACCACCGCAUCAUCAACCGCCACAACUUAAUUCACCAUAUAAUCGAAAAAAAUCAUCGUCGGCCUCAUUUCAACAUCAUCAACAAUAAAAGCGACUUCUUUUUGACAAAAGAAAUCAUCCACUUAUUGUGAUCUUUAUCUGGUUGGUGCUUUGACAAAAAAAAAUUUCUCUCUUCAGAUUUAUCCGUUACUCUAUGUUUUCUCCGCCUAUUAAAUCACAUUCAUUUUUAUU